AUGGCGACACUUUCCCUCUCGCUGGCUCCGCCGGCCCUAGUCCAGUUACACGACGUGUUAAUAUGUCUGUCGAAGUUCAGCGACACAGUGGCUAUCAAAGCCGAGCAUGACCUGCUUCAACUGAGUGCUCUGAAUUCCACAAAGACAGCAUUUGCGUCAUUUGCAUGCGAGCGGGAGCGGUUUUUCGAGACCUACUCGUUUAGCGUGCGCCCCUCGUAUCAACAGAGUGGCAGAGCGAAUGCGGCUGAAGAACGGUUCUAUUGCCAGAUUUACAUCAAGGCGCUUCUCUCAAUAUUUCGGGGAAGAGUCGAUCGGAAUAAGGACGCGGCCGUAGAGCGUUGUGAGAUGGAACUGCAGGAAGAUCCCAACCAGACAGAAUGCCGAUUGACCGUUAAGAUGAUAUGUGGGCUGGGCGUCAUCAAAUCAUACAAGCUCACAUACGAACCGGCAUCCAUCCAGCAUGCCGUGUUCGACAGAAGCAGUGCCACGAACCAAUGGACAGCAGAUCCACGGUUUCUCAGACAGAUCAUCGAUCAUUUCAGCCUUUCUGCAGAGCAGCUGGACAUGUACUCCGAUGCAGGCAAAGCCGUGUUUACUAGUUUUACGACGAAGAUUAUGGAGGGCAAAGAGAUUCUCAAAUACCCGGUUCAUACAUCUGUCGCUGCCGAUAAGCGCGACUUUGAAGAAUUCCUCGUCGAAGACAACAUGCACAUCGCCAUCAAUCUUAAAGACUUCAAGGCCGUUGUUGCACAUGCCGAGACAGCCAAUGCCACCAUAACGACGCGCUACACACGGCCAUGCAAGCCGAUGCAGUUCGCAUAUGAUUUUGAUGGAAUCAACGCCGAGUUCACCAUUAUGACCCGCGGCGACGUUGACGGCGAGGUCCCACCGACUUCAUCGCGGGUCGCCAUUCCGCAGCUCUCCCAACAGGUAACCCCUGCGCCAGUUCCGAUCUCGAUUAGCAGGACCGAGACGCCACGCACAGGAAUACAGAGCAUGGAGAUGCCGCCCCCAGCGCCACGAGCGCGAUCCAUUAGACCAUUGAAUGGGAUGUCCACAGAGGAGCACUUGUCACGGUCGGCGGCGAGCGAAAGGCCAGCUGCAUCGGGAAUUUCGAUGGAGUAUGACGGCCUUUUCGUGCCGGCAGAUGAUGACCGACAGUGGGAUGAGAUGAACGAGGAGGAAGAGCCGCAGGAUAUUCUCGGGUGGGAUGCGAGUGGAGGGCAAGAUGCAUUCGAGGGGACGCUUCGAGACACAGAGUCUGAAUUCAUCAAGUCGGGUAAGACGAAGGCUAUCCACCCCGUGGAGAAUGAAAUGGGCAUCCCACCGACACAGAACAUGUCGCAGGUAAGUCCCUCAUGA